AUGGGUGGUGUGAGACCACUAUGGGUGAGACUUCUUGGUGAUAACAAACCUUUGUCAGCUGAACAAACAUACGAAUUGAGUUGCGAAGUUGUAGGAUCAAGACCGGAACCUACAAUAACGUGGUGGAAAGGAAGUACUCAAAUGAAAAAUACACGUGAAACGACUAGUCCCGAUCGCAAUACGACCACGAGUGUUCUGACAUUUGUACCGACAGUCGAAGAUGGCGGCAAAUACUUAUCCUGUCGAGGACAGCAGCCUCAUAUUCAUGAUAGUGGAAAAGAAGAUGGUUGGAAAUUAGAUAUUCAUCACGUUCCUCUUGUAUCUCUUGAACUUGGCAGCACGCUCAAUGGAAGUACGAUCAAAGAAGGUGUUGACGUGUAUUUUGAAUGCAAUAUCAAAUCAAAUCCUUGGGUAUAUAAAGUCAGCUGGAGGCAUAACGGCAAACAACUUUACAACAACAUCCAAACUAACACGAUAGUGAGUAAUCAGAGUUUGGUAUUACAAUCUAUUACGAGAGCCCGUACAGGACUUUACACUUGCGUCGGACACAAUCAAGAAGGCGACGGAGAAAGCAAUCCUGUGCAACUUGACGUCAAAUUUAUUCCAAAUUGUCGUCCAGGUCAGCCUAAAGUAUUCGGCGUAGCAAGACACGAAGUUGCUCGGAUAGUUUGCGAAUUGGAAGGAAAUCCCAGUGAUAUAGUGUUUGUUUGGAAAUUCAAUAACUCUGCCGACAUGAUAGAUAUACCGCAAAGUCAAAUCCAAACCGAAAAAGGACGAAGCGUUGCUUUAUAUAAACCGAUGAAUGAACUAGAUUAUGGAACUUUGUUAUGCUGGGGUAAAAAUGAAAUAGGCAUGCAAAAAGAACCUUGCAUGUUUUAUAUAAAUCCUGCUGGUAAACCAGAUGCCCUUUCGAACUGCAGUAUAGUGAAUCAGACUUCUGAUUCUCUAAAUGUCGAAUGUAGUGAGGGAUUUGAUGGUGGUUUGAAGCAAGAAUUCAUCAUGGAAGUAUUUGAUACUGCUACUAGAAAAUUAGUAAGCAACGUUUCUUCUAGAACACCUCUCUUCGCUGUUAGUGGAUUGGAAUCUGGAGCUGGAUUUGAUAUUGGUUUAUACGCUGCCAAUAAAAAAGGAAGAAGUCAAGUUAGUCGUCUGCAAGCAUUCACUCUCAAAGCGGCAGAAAAACAUACCGCAUCAACUCCAGUAUUCUUCCAAAUAACUCCACUUCUAGGUGCACUGAUUGGCGUUGUUGCUGCACUAAUUCUAAUAGCCAUUAUCAUUGUGGUAGUUAUACGAUUAAGAGGCGGCGGUGAUCGCGAUGACAAAGAAUACGAUGAUGGUGGAUUAGCAACAACUGGACGUCGAUGUGUAGCUGGUAAUAGUGAUAAGGCCAGUACGGAACCCCUUAAUAAAGAUCUCAACGACAGCGUAGACAGUUUAGAAGAGAAAAAUCCCGAUAUUAUUCCCCAGAACAACGCAGAAGAUGAAUAUCAAGACGAGGAAAGAGCAUUCGAAAGGUUAAAUAAUACUACGAUGAGAGUUUACAAUAGAAUGCAGAGUCCAAACAGUCAGCUCAAAAACAACGGCUCUUAUGAAGGUUACAGUGCCAAAAUGAUGCCGCAAGUGAUCUACAAUCAACAGUGUAUCCCUAUGUCAGUUAUCAGAAGACAAGAACCAACAGUGUACGCCCAAAUCGAUGUAAAGCGGAUGCCGACACAUACAUUACAAGCCAUGGCCACACCCCGGCCUUCGUCAUUCCAAACUUUACAUCAUCCACAUCUACCGCCCUACAUGCCAAGAUCGGUACGGGACGAUGGAUCAGUUAGCUCCGAAACUCCUUUGUUGAAUUCCAGAGACACUGGAGCUCUUCAAUCGCUGAUGGAUAUCAACAGCUCCAGAACGCCAACGAUAACCUCUACUUUACCUCGAACAGUCACAGCAACUCGUUUUUGACCUAGUUAAAUUAAGUAAUUCAGAAGAACUGGUAUAUUUAUAAAAAAAUGUAAUUGUUAUGAUGACUUAAUAGAUGUUACCGUCUCAUUAGUAAGUGUUUAUUUACAAAAAUGUUUUAUUAUAUAAAUUUAUGUUCCAUCUUAUCUAACAGGGCGUUGUUUAAAAGUUUGUAUUUUUAAAUAAAAGAAUUUUAAUGUAUUACCUCGUGUCAAUUGAAUUCAAUCCAAAAAUUGAAUAAUAAUAAAUAUAUUUAAUAAUUUGAACUCGUACUUUUACUCAUCAUUCAUUGUAUUAAUAAAAGGAUAUAGAAAUCUUAGUCUAUCUAUAAUUAAAAUGAUUUUUAUUAGGCAUAUGAACAACAACUUUUUUGAUACGUCCUAAAGAAAUCGAUUUUUCAAGAAUUUGUAAGUGUCUUUGAAGAAUUCUCAACUACAUCUUCUAUAACUGUUUUUUAACUAUGUCAAACUUUUUUUAUAAUUAGUAUUUACAUUAAAAAUAAAUAACCAAUAUAAAACUUAUAGGUA